CUCUCUCUCUCACAAAAUCGCUCUGCUACCACCUCUUCCUCUCUCUCUCUCACACACAUACACACACACACAAAACUCACACUCCCACUUAAAACCCAAACACACAAAUUACAAUUACACAUACUCUCUCUCUUGCUCUCUAAAUUACCCGCCAAAAAGGUCUCUAAUUAACGUACCCUAAUUUUAAAAAACCCACACACGAACCAAAUUUCAAAACCCCCCACACACACGCGCACGCACAAACUCUCCCUCUCCCUCUCUCUGUCUAAAACGGCGUCGUCUGCGUUUUAAACCGAAUGGAUCCGACGGCGGAGCCCAUGGAAAUACCCGACCCGUCGGCGGGAGAGGGAGAAUUGACCCGGUCGAGCAAGCGGGCCAAGACUGGGCCUGGGCCGGAGCUGAAGAGAGUGGCGGAGAUUGUUUUGGUGUUGUCGACGAUGGCGAGGAUGCGAGGCGGUGGUAAGAGUCCCACGGCGGCGGAGAUGGAGUUGAUGGCGGAGGCGAGGACGAAGCUUGCGGAAGCUUGUGCUUGCUUUGCUCCUAAGGAUUUGAUUGGGAGGGAAGCGAUUGGGUCGGUUAUGGAGGAUUUGGGACUCAAUGCGAAGCUCAGGGAUCAGAGGCUAGGGUUUCGUGGUCCUCCUAAGUUCACUAUCAAGGAGAAGCUCGACAAUGCCAAGCGAAAGAUGGAUGAGUCCAAGCAUUUUACUGCACAUGCUACUACAUAUACUUCUCACCCCUCUACAUUAAGCGACAUCCGUGGGGCACUGCAUACUGCCCGUAUCUUUCCAUCGGAUAAACCAAGUAAUCCGCCAAUUUCUUCUGGAGCCAUCCCGGCUUCUUCACCUUUAGGUCAUGCUUCUCCAGCAACUUCUACAUCCUUGCCAACCAAUGAAGUUCGACCAGUUAUGGUUUCUAGAGGAUUGCCUAGCAAUAAUUUAGGAAGAGACUCUUCUUCCUUGCCAUUGCAGAAAGUUGAAAAACCACAGUUCAAAUCAGAUGGAGGAUUAAAUGGGUCUUCUUUUGCAUCACAAGUACAAGCAAAUUCUUCUGUGAACCAUCCACUGGUAAAUGCUCCUACAUGGUCCAUACAAACCCAAUCUUCCUCAACGGCUAAAAGUGUGCAAGAAAACAAGGUUCCAAAUCAUACGCCUACCAAGGUUGAGGGAACUGUUGAUGUAAGUGCGUCACGUGUUGCUCCUCAGGUAGUGAGAGAUCAGAGCUUUAGGCCAUUUAUAACUCAGCCAGCAGCUGGAAAUUUGCCUACUACACAUCAGCCCAUGCAGGGCAUGAGCUUUGUCCAACCCCCUUCUCUUGGUAAUAAUCACAAUGAAAUCGCUAAGCUUAUUCAGAAGUUUUUACAUCCACAGCGCCCGGAUCAUCCUAAAUGGACUCCCCCAUCAAGGGAUUACAUGAAUAAGGCUUUAACUUGCCAAUAUUGCCAGGUUACCAUCAAUGAGGUGGACAAUGUACUUCUUUGUGAUGCUUGUGAGAAAGGGUAUCACUUAAAGUGUCUGCAGCCUACUCAAAAGGGAAUUCCUAGAGGUGAGUGGCACUGCAUGAGGUGCAUGACCUUGACCCAAGGGAAACCUUUGCCCCCUAAAUAUGGCCGUGUCAUGAGAAGUAGUACGAAUCAAUUAAAUGUGCCUCCCAACAUAGCUACAAAGGAAUCAUCUUCUGAGAAGAAAGUGGAAACUUUAGAUCCAAAGGUCAAUCAGCAGAAGAUUACAGCAAAUGGAAGCUCUGAUCUACAAAGCCCCACAUGUAUUGGUAGUGCAGGCACCAAUCAUGUUGAAUCAGCAUCUGAUAUGAAGAUUUCAAAUGCAAGAGAAACUCAAGGGAAUGAUGUUAUAUCAAGUAGUAAAAUUACUGAUGACAAACCUUUGUCUGGGCCAGCUUCUGGUUCUCCUUCUGUUGCCUCGUCAAUUUUAAUGUCUGCUGAACAAAUAAAAGACUCUGAAUCAUCUAUACAUGAAGAGAAAUCUUGUGAACAAAAAAUAGAGCUUCCUCCUAAAGUAGAUGAAACUGUUAGUAAUAAGUCUGAUGGUUCUCAACCCUCACACAAUUCACAAGUUGUUGACCGGGCAGUCUUGCCAGACUGUGCUGAUGUUCCAUCAAAGAAUUGUCAUGACAAAGACCUCAAUGUCAAAGAACCAGAAAAAUCACAGACAAGAGAAAAUCUUGACUGUACUUCAGGAAAUGAUAUCAAGCAAGAUGACCAACUUGUUGCACAGGCAAAUCCUUCAGGAGGUUCUCAAACUGGUACUGAGGCUAGUGAACGCUCUGGGUUUCCUUCGGAUGGCUUGCGUGGUGUUGAAUGGAUUGACAAUGUUGUUCAAGUUUUAGAUGGGAAAUCAUUUUACCAGUCUUGCAGGGUCAAUGGAGUAACCUAUAAGCUGCAGGAUCAUGCCCUUUUCCGUGCGAGCCAUGGUGAAUUGAUACCCUCUAAGCUUCAGUCCAUGUGGGAGGAUAGCAAAACUGGGUCAAAGUGGGUUAUAGUUACAAGGUGCUACUUUCCUCGUGACUUGCCAGAGAAUGUUGGACGCCCAUGUGCUCCUGAAAACAAUGAGGUGUAUGAAUCAAAUCAUGAAAGCACAAUAAUGGCUGGUUUGAUCCAAGGCCCAUGUGAAGUUCUCCCUCCUGCCAAGUUUAGUGAGGAAAAUGAAAGACGAAGCCAGGCAGGACCUGAUGCAAAUAUGGGAUUACAGCCUGUUUUCCUGUGCAAAUGGGUUUAUGAUGAAUUUAAAGGGCUGUUUCAACCUGUUUACAGUUAAUCUGGUCAUGCUAAUAUUUUGGUGGCUGAUUUGGUUUUUGUUUGUUGCACCUUUUAGGUGCUCCCUCUGAUCAGUACAGGUAGUCUAUAGCAGAUGUGGUAUUCAGUGAAUUGACGGUUAAGGAAGUUUCAAUAUUCAUUUCCUGUACAAUAUGUAGCUGUGAUCUUAGCUUGUAUUAUCUUCCAAUAGCAAUUCAAAUUGUAAUUUUUUAUGCCUCUUAGGUGCUUCAUGCCCACUAUUACAUUAUCUCACCCGUAAAUUAUAGAAGGAAUUUCCGCAGAUUUUCUUGGACUU